UUUCUCGUGUCCCCUGCCCACUACAUUAUGUGUGCUAAUCGUAAUGCCCCUUUUUCCCCCUUAUCCCUCCCUUCCCACCCAUCCUCCACAGUCCCUUUCCCUUUGGUAACUGUUAGUCCAUUCUUGGGUUCUGUGAGUCUGCUGCUGUUUUGUUCCUUCAGUUUUCUCUUUGUUCUUAUACUCCACAGAUGAGUGAAAUCAUUUGAUACUUGUUUUUCUCCACCUGGCUUAUUUCACUGAACAUAAUACCUUCUAGCUCCAUCCAUGUUGUUGCAAAUGGUAGGAUUUGUUUUCUUCUUAUGGCUGAAUAAUAUUCCAUUGUGUAUAUGUACCACAUCUUCUUUAUCCAUUCAUCUACUGAUGGACACUUAGGUUGCUUCCAUUUCUUGGCUCUUGUAAAUAGUGCUGUGAUAAACAUAGGGGUGCAUAUGUCUUUUUGAAACUGGGCUGCUGCAUUCUUAAGGUAAAUUCCUAAGAGUGGAAUUCCUGGGUCAAAUGGUAUUUCUAUUUAGAGUUUUUUGAGAAACCUCCAUACUGCUUUCCAUAAUGGUUGAACUAGUUUACAUUCCCACCAACAGUGUAGGAGGGUUCCCCUUUCUCCAGAUCCUCACCAACAUUUGUUGUUGUUUGUCUUUUGGAUGGUGGCCAUCCUAACUGGUGUGAGGUGAUAUCUCAUUGUGGUUUUAAUUUGCAUUUCUCUGAUGAUUAGGAAUGUGGAGCAUCUUUUCAUGUGCCUGUUGGCCAUCUGAAUUUCUUCUUUGGAGAACUGUCUGUUCAGCUCCUCUGCUCAUUUUUCAAUUGGCUUAUUUGCUUUUUGUUUGUUGAGGUGUGUGAGCUCUUUAUAUAAUUUGGAUGUCAACCCCUUAUCGAUAUGUCAUUUAUGAAUGUAUUCUCCCAUACUGUAGGAUGUCUUUUUGUUCUAUUGAUGGUGUCCUUUGCUGUACAGAAGCUUUUUAGUUUGAUAUAGUCCCACUUGUUCAUUUUGCUUUUGUUUCCCUUGCCCAGGGAGAUAUGUUCAUGAAGAAGUUGCUUGUGUUUAUGUCCAAGAGAUUUUUGUCUAUUUUUUUUCUAAGAGUUUUAUGGUUUCAUGACUUAUAUUCAGGUGUUUGAUCCAUUUCAAGUUUACUUUUGUGUAUGGGGUUAGACAAUAAUCCACUUUCAUUCUCUUACAUGUAGCUGUCCAGUCUUGUCAACACCAGCUGUUGAAGAGGCUGUCAUUUCCCCAUUGGUCCAUGGCUCCUUUAUCAUAUAUUAAUUGAGCAUAUAUGCUUUGGUUUAUGUCUGGGCUCUCUAUUCUGUUCCACUGGUCUAUGGGUCUUUUCUUGUGCCAGUACCAAAUUGUCUUGAUUACUGUGGCUUUGUAGUAGAACUUGAAGUCAGGGAGUGUAAUUCCCCCAGCUGUAUUCUUCCUUCUCAGGAUUGCUUUGGGUAUUCGGGGUCUUUUGUGGUUCCAUAUGAAUUUAGAACCAUUUGCUCUAGUUCAUUGAAGAAUGCUAUAGGUAUUUUGAUAGGGAUUGCACUGAAUUUGUAGACUGCUUUAGGCAGGAUGGCCAUUUUGACAAUAUUAAUUCUUCCUAGCCAAGAGCAUGGGAUGAAUUUCCAUUUAUUAGUGUCCUUUUUAAUUUCUCUUAAGAGUGUCUUGUAGUUUUCAGGGUAUAGGUCUUUCACUUCCUUGGUUAGGUUUAUUCCUAGGUAUUUUAUUCUUUUUGAAGCAAUUGUGAAUGGAAUUGUUUUCCUGAUUUCUCUUUCUGCUAGUUCAUUGUUAGUAUAUAGGAAUGCAACAGAUUUCUGUGUAUUAAUUUUGUAUCCCACAACUUUGCUGAAUUCAGAUAUUAGAUGUAGUAGUUUUGGAGUGGAUUCUUUAGGGGUUUUUUUUUUUGAGCUUAUGUUUUGAAAGUGAAGUCUGGUAUGACAAUUGAGCAGGCACAUGAGAAGCAGAGAGAGGCCAGGUGGCAGUGCACACAAGCACAGGCCCGAGCUGUGGCCAUAGCAGGCAGUGCAGGUAUCGGGCAAUUAGGCUGGUAGCCUGGUACACAGAUGCAGGCCUCAGGCUAUCUGGGGCACCAUGGGGUGUUGGUUUUCAUUCUUUCAAAAAUGAUUUUAAUUAACUCUGUGUUCUGUUUUAAGGGUGAACUUUACAUUUAUUUUGCAGUCAAUUAAUAGUAAUUGAGUGUGCCAAUGCUCAGUAAACAAAAUUCCUUCCCUGCCCGCAUGAAGCUUACUUUCUGGCUAUAUAAUUUUUUUUCAGUUAAUGUAAUAAUAGUUUACUUUUUAAAAUUAGAAUUAUUGAUCUGUGUGUUGCGAGAGAGUCUUUAAAACAAAGCAGCCUCUUGAUAACAUAUUUAUAGCUGACUUUCCUGACCUAUAAUUUCACUGGAAAAUAACUUACUCUAGUUGAAUUUUGCUUGCUUUUAUGUCCCAUUAAUUCUAGUUUGUAAAGACAUCCUAAAUAGCUGAAUACGGAAUGAUUUUAUUUUAGAAUUUUGAAAAAUGGAAGACAGUACCACAGACACAGAACAAGAGGAAGAAGAGAAAGAUGAGAAGGAUCAAGAAGGGGCCAUUUAUGUUGCAGUGCCCACAAUUAAUAUCCGAGAUGAGCGGUUUGCUGAUUUAGCUACAACUCCAGCUUUCAUUUGUCUGCAUGAGUUACAUGCUACGGGAAAACUUCCUGGAACCAGAAUGGCAGAGUUAAAAGCCAAGUAUACUUUGCUGCAUGAUACUGUGGUAAGCACACAAGAGUCUGAGGUCCAACUGCUACAGGAUGCCAAACAUUUCACUGACCAAAUUCAGCAACAGCAGUUUCAUCUGCAGCAAGCUGAUGAUUUUCCAGAGGCAUUCACCACCGAGGUCUCCAGAAUGAGAGAGCAACUUCUUAAGUAUCAAAAUGAAUAUAAUGCAGUGAAGGAGAGGGAGUUCCAUAAUCAGUACAGACUACAUAGCUUAAUGGAAGAAAAAAGCCUCAUAAUUAAGGAAUUUGAGAAGAUACCUAAGCCAGGAGAAAUGGAGAAGAAGAUGAGAAUAUUGAAAGAAAGCACAGAAGAGUUACGUAAGGAAAUAAUGCAGAAGAAACUAGAAAUUAAAAAUUUACAGGAGGAUUUGAUAUCUAAGCAAAAACAAUUACUAAAGGAGCAGAAGGAACUAGAAGAAUUGGUGGAGUUCCAGGUCAAUCUAAAGGAUGAAGUGGUCCACCAUCAAGCCCUUCCUGUACAAAUUGGAAAAGAGACAGAAAAAACAACACGCAAAAAAGUGGAAAUGGAAAAGAAAAAAAUGGUCUUGGAAGAUGAACUCAAAGAGCUAAAUGAUUCCCUAAAGAAAGUUGAAACCAAAAUUAAUGCCGUAAUGGAAGAGAAGGAGGAUGUAAUAAAAGACGUUGAAGGCAAACGAGCCUUACUUGAAAUGAAAGAACGAGAAUAUAACCAAUUGGUUAAACUAUUGGAACUAACGAGAGAGAAUGAAGCAACUUCACAGACUGAAAGAGGGAUCUUGGAUCUCAAUUUACGGAACUGUCUCAUUGACAAGCAGAACUACCAUGACGAACUUUCUCAUAAGCAACGAGAGAAAGAACGAGAUUUUCGAAAUUUAAAGAAGAUGGAGCUCCUCCUGAAAGUGUCCUGGGAUGCACUCACGCACACUCAAGCGCUGCACCAAAGGCUCCUGUUAGAGAUUGAAGCUAUCCCUAAAGAUGAUUCAACAUUAGCUGAGAGAAGGAGAGAACUCCACAAGGAAGUCGAAGUAGCUAGGAGGAAUUUGACCCAACAGAAAAUCCUUUCAGAAACUGAGUCUAAGUUAAUAGAACAGCAACUUGAAGAAGAAAACAGGCUUUUAAAGGAGCAAGAAAACAUGCGAGAACUUGUAUUCAACCUUGUCCGUAUGACUCAAAUCAAAACUGAUGAAAAGGAGCAAAAAUUCAAGGAUUUCCUGAAAGCUCAGCAAAAAUAUACCAGCAUUGUUAAGGAGAUCAAAGCAAAAGAUCUUGAAAUCAGGAUACACAAGAAGAAAAAUCGUGAAAUUCAUCGGAGACUCAGAGAGUUUGCUAAAUUGUACAACACUAUGCAAAAUGAAAGAAACAAGUUUGUUAACUUACUUCACAAAGCUCACCAGAAAGUAAAUGAAAUAAGAGAAAGGCAUAAAAUGUCAUUAAAUGAAUUGGAAAUUUUAAGAAACAGUGCAGUUACUCAAGAAAGAAAGCUACAGAAUUCGAUGCUGAAACAUGCCAACAAUGUUACCAUCAGAGAAAGCAUGCAAAACGAUGUGUGCAAAAUUGUAGCAAAACUUCAGGAACUGCAAGAGAAGAAGGAAGCUCAGUUAGGUAACAACGACAGACUUGUCAAUAUGAUCACAAAGAUUGAAGAGGAGAUGGUGCAGCUUCGGAAAAAAUACGAGAAAGCCAUUCAGCGUCGAAAUGAAAGUGGUGUGCAGUUGGUAGAGCGGGAAGAAGAAGUAUGCAUUUUUUAUGAAAAAAUAAAUAUCCAAGAGAAGAUGAAACUAAAUGGAGAAAUUGAAAUGCACAUCCUAGAAGAAAAAAUCCGAUUUCUGAAACUGAAGAUUGCUGAGAAACAAAGACAGAUUCAUGUGGCCCAGCAAUUACUGCCUGCCAAGAGGUCGCUGGAUGCCGACUUAGCAGUGCUCCAGAUUCAGUUCUCACAGUGUACAGACAGAAUAAGAGACCUGGAGAAACAGUUUGUAAAUCCUGAGGGUAAGAACAGAACCCGCUUCCUUCCAGGGAAAAACAUGACUGAAGAAGAGAUGGUCAAAAAAUUGGAUGCGCUGCAACUGCAGCUUGCCAGGAAGGAGGAGAAGUUAUUGGAGAAGGAUUUCAUCUACGAACAGGUCUCCCGGCUCACCAACCGACUCUGCAGCAAAACUCAGGCCUACAAGCAGGACACGCUGCUCUUAGCCAAGAAGAUGAAUGACUACCGGAAAAAGAUCAAAGAUGCUACUGAAAAAAUGAUGGCUCUCGUUGCUGAGCUGUCCAUGAAACAAGCUCUGGCCAUUGAACUCCAAAAGGAAGUCAGGGAGAAAGAGGACUUCAUCUUCUCCUGUAGUUCCAGGAUGGAAAAGGGUCUGCCACUCAAAAAAGAGAUUGAGAGAGAAUGGCUGAAGGUACUUCGAGAUGAAGAAAUGUAUGCCUUCGCCAUUGCUGAAAAGUCUCGGGAGUCUUUGGAAGCAGAUAAUCGCCAGCUGCCCACUGGUGUUUACACAACUGCAGAACCACGUCCAAAUGCAUACAUCCCAGAGGCAGAGACCACUCUUCCUUUGCCAAAACCAUAUGGUGCUCUGGCUCCUUUCAAGCCCAGUGAACCUGGGGCCAAUAUGAGACACAUAAGGAAACCUGUUAUGAAGCCCAUUGAGAUCUGAAGGUGUGAACCAAUCCAGGCUUCUCAUGGAGACACUUCAACCAGCCUUCCUCAUAUCCAGCUCGCAAAGUCGGCAUAAUAGCUCUAAAUUACAGACAGAUCACAUUAUCCACAAUUGAUAAACAGUG